AUGGGUGGAAAUUCAAAGGACCACAGCGAGCCAGCGCUAGAGAAAGAAAUAUCAAAAAUGCACAUAAACUCAGAGAAAGACGAAGAUACAUCUAGUGAUUCUGAUUUUGUGCCGGUUGGAUUUGAUUAUGACGGGUUUAAUACGAUGGCAGCAGGUAUACACCAUUUAGAAAAGCCAGAGAACACAGAAAAAGCACAGGUGGACACGCUUUCUUAUGAGAUGCUAUUAGCAAGGAUAGAGAAGUAUUUAAAACCAUCAGACACAGAAAUAGAAAGUAAGAUAAAAAUACCUAUUUCCAUUAGAAGAGAUGGGGCCACAAAAACCUCUAUCAACAUAACUGAAAUUUGCAGGGUGAUUAAUAGAGAAGUAGCACACCUCAGGCAGUUCAUAGAGGUAGAGCUGUCAGUAAACUGUUCAAUAGAUGGAGAGGAGAGGCUUGUAAUUAAGGGAAUAUUCCCAGAGGCACAGUUACAGAAAAUAGUCAGGAAUUACAUUAAGCAGUACGUCUCAUGCGGUAUAUGCGGAUCACUAGAGACUGUUUUAGAAAAAGAAGAUAAGCUUCUGUUUAAAAAGUGCAUUACAUGCAAUGCCACACAGUCAGUCAAUGCAAUACAGCAGGGGUAUAAGGCGCUUACAACUAAAAGAUCGGUCUUAAGAAGAAAAGCAGCAGAAUAA